GAUAAACAAAUGAAAUGACAGACUAACGGCCUUAUAUAUCAGUGAAGAUAAAAGCUACUGUUUCACAACACGGUCAAAAUAUUAACUUAUGAACACGAUACGAAAGAUUUUCAGGACGAAAGGGGAUUUUGUGGAUUUGAUACCUGAUUUGAGCAAUAAUCUUGUGUUUUCCUUGGAAACGGUUGAGACACAAGUUUUAAGAUCAAGCUACAGAUUCAACAACACCCAUCCGCUUAAAACCUUCUGUCUAGUAGCUUUAAUUAUGUAGAAUAAUUCAAAAUUUAUGAGAACUAUUAAAUUAUGAAGCUGUCUACUUUCAAAGAGUUUUCGAAAGUUUAUUCAGAGCUUAAUAUACAACUUAUUGAAGUAUACACCACACGUGCACAGUAAAGCCGCACCGUUUGGAACAAUCAACUUAAUAAAGUGUGAAUGUUAUCGAAGUCAGAGAGUAAUUAUCAAGCGGUCAAGAUGGAUUUAUCACUGAAGAAGAAAUCGUCAUAUGAUAUUGAUAGUCUAUUGGCAGUGUCGGGCGACCUGAAAUCUGACUCACGUGUUCAUGACCAGCUAAAUGCACCAGAAAAAAGCCAAAACUCAGCUGUAGAGAGACUUGGUUCCGGUCCUGAAAUAUCAGAAACCAACCGAUCGCCAUCUGAAAGUCCACUUCCAGUGGUUGCUUCAUCUCCAUGGGCAAGCGAUGCGAUGAUGCAAUCACGAUGCCGAGACAUAAGUUGGUUUCUUUCUCGACCCAGAAUAAAUCUAGAACACAAAUUACAAGAAAAUGCAAAUAAAUUAGAAAACUCUUUAGAAACCACUAGUCAGAAUUGUGAUGAAAACGCUGACCAUUCUGAUCAAGAUUUUAAUGAAAAUGGGGAGCAAGUGGGUGAAACAUCAGAGCAAAACCAGCGUCAUAUCUUAUCUCAAGAAUCAAUGGAUGACACAUGCAGUGAAAGUGUCCAUGACGCUUGCUCAGAAUCCGGACAAGACUGUGAAGACCAACAUGUCGAUUACACUGGACAUCCUACAGAAGAGAAAACAGGGAGUGAAACUGGCGAUUUUCUUGAUGGCGAUAGAGAAAUGGAAGAUUAUGGGAAGAGAAAACAGCGACGUUACCGAACUACUUUUACCAGUUAUCAACUAGAAGAAUUAGAACGAGCUUUUCAAAAAACCCAUUAUCCAGACGUUUUUACGAGGGAAGAAUUAGCCAUGAGAAUAGAUUUAACAGAAGCAAGAGUUCAGGUAUGGUUUCAGAAUCGUAGAGCAAAAUGGCGAAAGAAGGAGAAAGUUGGCACGCAAGGACAUCCUUACAGCCCUUACUCAGGGACACUUAAUCUAGCGGCACGUGGUGUUCUGGGUGCAUCUCAUCAAGCGUCACAGACCUACUCUGAUCUCCUUCUCAAAACCUAUGAAAGUCAGUUAUUGAGUAGAUACAGUCUAGCAUCGCCUUUAUCAUCAUUUUCACCAGCUCUGUAUGCUCCCAUGUCAUUGGGUUUAUCAGCAGCGACAUCCGGUUUGGGUAUCCGUGGAUUAUCCCCCCUUACUAUGCCCAUGCCGCCUCCCGGAACUUUUCAACAUCUCUUAGCCAGCAUGACCUCUUCUGCUGCUAAAGCGCGGGAAAGCUACGACCUCAGCCCGCCAUUACCCGGUAUACCGUCACCACCUACCGGUAUCGUAGAAACGGAAAGACGAUCAUCCAGUAUUGCCAACUUACGACUUAAAGCUCGAGAACAUGAAAUGAGAUUAGGAAUGAACGGUAAUAUUGUUUAUUAGUGUUUUAAAAGGGAAUGUGUAACGGCAGCUCGAAUUUGACAAUAGACAUUCAAAUGGAAUCCGUGUACAAUAAUAUCCCAACUACAAUGCAGUAUCCAGAGUUCAUUGUGGGAAGCUAGACUGUUCGUUGUGAAAUAAUUCUUUAAGAAAUUGGAUGUGAAAACUUUGUACGAUAGGUACAAUAGAAGAAGCCAGUUCCUUUAUUCCUAGAGUUAUUCCUAGGGGGUUAUUAUUGACUAACUCACUUCUCUAAUCUCAUGUGUGGAUAAAUGACUUUAUUAUGAUCUGGUGACAUUUAAUUGACUCUUGUCUAUAAAAAAUCACAUAGUUGGUGACAUGAAGAGUCUAAAUAAAGUAGUUAUGAACUAUGUAUAUAAUAGGUAUAUAAGUGUGUAAAAUUAUGCGACGAAAAACAUUUUGUUUUAAAUUCAACACCUUUAAUUAAAUCGGCCGUUUUCCUGUAUUUGUUUUACAGGAAUAUAGAACGGUAUAUAAAGUUAUAUAUUCCUGAAUUUUUUAAAUAAUCAUGUUCAGCAGUUGUACACGUGUGAUAGAAUUGGGUUAAACAGAUUCCAAAUAUAAUUUUAAAGUAAAGAUCUUUGCUAUGACCGACCCGUAACAUCUGCACGCAAGUUCCCUUAGUGACGCAAAUACAUGAGAUCAGUUAUUGUUACUGAAUCCAGUAGAGAGAGGUAAUAGGUACGCAGUUAUGACAAGAUCAGAAAAAUAACUAGAAUACAUAGUGAAAGAGAGAGAGAGAGAGAGAGAGAGAGAGAGAGAGAGAGAAAUGGGGUUUAACAUCCACUCGACACAAAUUAGAUAAUUUCGGGACUAACAUAAUUAUGGUUCAAUUGUAUUUCAAUAAUUCACGAGGUUGGGCAUGCAACCCUACUCCUUGUCACGUACAAGCGGGGAAUCGAAACCACGCCACUUGACUCACUGAUGUCACUGCACGCGUUAACCAUUCGAGGCCACCCAACCCCCUAGAAUACAUAGGGAGAAAACAUUCAGCACAUCAGCUAAUUUUGAUGAAAUUUGUGCUGCAAUCAAUGAAAACGAUAGUUCAUGCUGUUAGACCACGACAAUUUGAUUUUCUGUUCUUCAGAAAACAUGUAAGUAAAAUAAGUCUGAUUUCUUCGGGAAAAAGACUUAUUUAAAAUCAAAAAAAAAAAAAGUUUGUGUUGUUUAAAAGCUUUUAGUUCCAAAUUUGUAAGUUUUUAAAUUUUAAACAAAACAAAUUUCACACGUGAUUCAAGUGGCUAUUUCUUUAUUUAUCAGGACAACGAAGAACAGAAAAUGGUUCCAAAUUUCAAAUUUUUAGGCUUUGAAAUUAAAAAUAACCCCAUAUUUUACAUGAUUCAAGUGGCUAUCAUUAUUAAGACACCGAAGAACAGAAAAUCAAAUUUGUGUGGCCUUAUCAUGAACUAAUGUAUUAUAUUAACAAAAGACCUUGUCCCCACCACGUUGAUUAAAAAUCCAAUUCGUGUGAAUUCAUAUUAAUGUAACGCCUUUAUCUCCGGAUAGAAAUAUCAUCAGUAAUUUAUAUCACAUUCAUGGCAGUACAAAUUUCACCAAAUGAGUUGAGAUUACUGAACACGUAUUAGGACUAAAAUGGUCUUCUAUCCAGUCACAUUCGCCUGACAUUGAGGUCACAUUGUCUAUUUUCUAUAAGAGGGCUGAAAGUCAACUGUGUACCUGUUACAUCACUCUACUGCAAUCAGUGACAAUAACCGUUUCUGUUCUCCUGUGUCCAGGCGAUAGCGAUCAGGCAUAGUAAAGAUAUGUACUUUAAAUUAGAUCUAGAAUCUAUAUAACCUGUUCUAUCACAGACGUAAAUUUGUUGGAUAUCAACAUUGUUCUUUAAGGGUAAAAGUGCUAGCUGUUAUUGUUACCCAGUAUAGACGUUCUAGUAUUGGAACAUUAGUCUUAUCCUUGUAUUGAAUUAGCCCUGCCCUAGUACUGAAUUUAACAUACCCCAUCCCUCCCCAGACAACGUUCCAACCCCUUGCAUGCCUAUUUCAGACAAGACAAUCGUAUUAACCUUGGGAGUUAAAUUUUAUGAAUUUGUUUAGUAAGAAAUCGACAACCUUCGUUCGUUUAUGAACAGUUGUAAACUAUAUAAUUUUUCAUAAACUAAAGUGGAUAUGUUUCUAUGUAUUUGUUUGAAUUUCAGUAAUGUACGGAAGUGCUAUAUGAUCGAUGAACCGUCGUUAAUUGAUGACGAAGUGUAAUUUAUUUUAAAAUAUUGAAUUGUACAGAUAUAUAUCUACAUGUGUGUGAUUUUGAUUUUUUAUUAUUAUUUCUAUGUUUUUGUGCCAAGAA